AUGUUGAUACAGAGUUUUUUGGCCGCGGGAACCAUUUCUUUCGGAAUUAUCAUACUCAACUCAACGGUUUGCUGUCGUGUUCCUCGAUCAAUUCAGUUUCUGACAUCGCUUUCAGGCCGUCCAUGUGAUGAACAUGGUCAUUUUCUCGAGGACGACGCGCCGCCACCACCUCGUGAACCUCAAUCUCCCAACGACUGGACCCCAUUCCGUAACCGCACUGAAUUCGAAACUGCGGAUUUAUUCUAUGUUCAGAACCCAACACCUGCCCAUAAAAUUGAUGCGCACCUUGCAUUAUGGGCAUCAACACUACUCAAACACGGUGAUGUGCCACCGUUUGCAGACCAUCGAGAUCUCUACGAAACGAUCGACUCAAUACCAUUGGGAGAGGUUAAGUGGGAGAGUUUCGCGUGCUCGUAUUCAGGCGAGAAGCCUGAGGGUGAUUACCCACCCUGGAUGGAUAGCACCUUUGAUGUGUGGUAUCGAGAUCCACGUCAAGUGGUUCACAACAUGCUUGCAAACCCCGAAUUCGCACAUGAGAUGGACUUUCGGCCGUAUCGAGAGUAUUCGACUGAAGGAGAGGAGCGCCAGUAUAGAGAUUUUAUGUCUGCUAACUGGGCGUGGGAUCAAGCGGACGAAAUUUCCAAGGAUCCAGAUACCAUUGGCGCAACCUUCGUUCCCAUCAUCCUCGGAAGCGACAAAACAACCGUUUCUGUUGGAACGGGUAACAACGAGUAUUACCCGCUCUAUCUGUCCAUCGGGAACGUCCACAACAACGUCCGGCGUGCACACCGGAACGCAGUCUCCGUCAUUGGCUUUCUUGCAAUGCCAAAGACUACGAAGGAGCAUGCGAAACGCGCGAACUUUCGAAAAUUUCGCCGUCAGCUAUUCCAUUCUUCGCUUUCGAAGAUUCUCGAACGACUUCGGCCUGGAAUGAAAGUACCCGAGGUUGCGAAGUUUGGCGAUGGGCAUUUCCGUCGUGUGGUCUACGGCCUCGGGCCAUAUAUUGCUGACUACGAAGAACAGGUUCUGCUGGCGUGUAUGGUGCGUUUCUGGUGUGCACGAUGCAUGGCACCGAAUGAUGAUCUUGAUGCAGCUGGCGCACACGCUCGAUGUCAAAGGUACAUAGAAGAACUUGUUCAGGUGGGGACAUAUUUGGAGCUGUGGGACGAGUUCGGGGUUGUGGCGGAUCUCAUUCCGUUCACGAACGAUUUUCCCCGCGCCGAUAUCUGCCAAUUGAUUGCACCGGACCUCUUACAUCAGAUCAUCAAAGGGACGUUCAAAGACCACCUCGUGGACUGGGUUCAUAAAUAUCUACUACGUACGCAUGGAACACGCGAGGCACAACGAAUCUUGGAUGAUAUUGAUCAUAGAAUCGCCGCUGUCGCUUCCUUCGCUGGCCUCCGUCGUUUUCCGCAAGGACGUGGCUUCAAACAGUGGACCGGCGAUGAUUCAAAAGCGCUUAUGAAGGUAAGUGUCCCGUUAUGUUUAACAAUUACUCUUGCUUAA